GUUCAUCAGCGAAUUGUUUCGAGACCACCGCGACAAAGAGAUCUGUUUUGACCUCCGUUCCAUGCAGCAGGAUGGCAUGCAAUAUCUAGUGUCUCGAAACAGGAAGCAGCUAGCCAGAGAGGUCCUGCGCAAUUACGGGCCGAAACCUUCGCCGGAUGCAGAGGGGAAACUCAGCUCGACUAAGAGAAUCGAUACGUGCGCGUAGCAAUUGGUACGUGUUCUAAAGUUGAUAUUUCAAGCGGCAAGCCUGCAGUGCCUUUGCUACUGGACCAAGGGACUUAGUUGCCCGUUUUUGUACGAGAGCAUCGUGAUUCGCUUGUUACAGGUCCUUUGUUUCGUCAGAGUGUAAUCCGCUGGCUCAGAGCUGUUGCACCUACGGUUACUCCAGCUGUACGAGGCGUGUGAAUAAGACAACAAUCGAUUCCACAAACUGCCACAAUUUUCUUCGUAAAACGGGGAACCACCAAGCGCGCUACCGGCCCAAACGAUGCGCCCGUAAUAGGUGGUCCGUGUGUCUUUCCGUAGCCGUGCAGUGCCCACAUGCAAGUCGUCGUUGUCGACGAUUGCCAUCACGGAGUGCCCAGCAGUGUUGCCGGCGAUACUCUUUCUGCUGUUGACAGCGCUCGGCAAUGGACGCUACCGGCAAGGCGAGCGGCACUGGUCGCGUUUAGCUCAGGCGGCCUUGCCCUUUCAGGACUCGCGUUUUUUUGCAGAGUGCAAAAUGGCACAUUCUGAGAUAUCCUUAUUCGCCGAACAGCUGGACGAGCUCUGUGGCGGCAGCGUGUCGUCUCGCGCAGGCCGUCGCGACGAUGCAAGACUUUCGACCCUCGACACCUCGAUUCUCCGAGGCAGGCAGGCCGGCGACGCUCAUGAGCCACGGCGAAAGAACCGCUGCGGACGGAGUGUGGGCACGCGCGACAGAUUGACUGAAGCUGCCCUCUCCCCCACAGCCGCUGCAUGCGAGGCGGCCCUUCUUAGUUGCAAUAGCUUCAACAGCUACCGCUUGGCAACGGUUAUCCCACCGGAGCCCGGGCGCGGCACAUGGGAAGGCGACAACUUCGAUGCAGACCCUGAAAGUCUUUCCUUGCAGGAAAUCGCUUCCAGGGGAAGUCGUCGACCGCUGCGGAGGGUACCCCAAAGAGGGCGGCACCGAUCGCUCGCUGACACGGAUGUUUCCAAGCGGCCGCUUUUGUCGACUGCGCAACUUGUGGCCCUGUUGAACGCGAGAUCUAGCGGUAACUCUGUGUCCCCCUGCAGCAGAGGUGACGAGCUAAGUUUCUUUGGCGCUGAGGCUGGCGCAGUUUCGGAGCGCAAAAACGUCACUUCGAGUCUUGCCGGGGUUUCGUCCCUCCGCGAGGGUCUUGCGUCCACAGAUGGAGGGGGCAGCCCACACCUUUGGAAAGAUUCCGGCACGGUUUGCGCUGGAAAAGAGGCGCUGCUGAGUGCAGAUCUCGAGUAUCCGUUCUCGGCACGCACUCCAAUUUCGGCCGCUCUUGCCAAUGAUGUUCUCACUGCGGCUGCAGCGGCAGCCGCCAAAGAAGAGGCGGCAGCGCUGCAGUCUGCGCGAGACGCGCUGGGGAGCGCUGUCUUCAGGCAAGCCGUGGCGACCGCAAAGGCUGAGGAGGAACAGAAGCACCUGCUUCAGCUGCUGGCCAAGCAGGCGGAACAACAGGCGGUUGUCUCGCGGGAGUUGGAGAGCCUCCGGAACAGCCAAAAGGCUCUAGCGCAGCAGCAAGAGCAGCUGCAGUUGAAGCAGGAUCUUCUUCAGCGACAAGAAGCUUCAAAUGUAUAUGCGCAGCUCCAGCGAGAGCGCGAUAUCCUCGAGAACCAGCAUGCCAAGCUGCUUAAAGGCUUCUCAGAGCUGCAGCUGCAGAAAGCGACUUUGACCCCGACGCGAGACAACGAGACAGGUCUCCAGGUGUCCACGGAGAUAUCGAAACUGCAGCCAGCCUCACCUGCCCUUCCGUCAUCUGUGAGCAGCCCUGCUGCUUCGCACGCCUCGAGUCCACUCGUUCGGGGUGUCUGCGCAACAGCAGAACGCCCGACGGCCACAACGACGCGGCUUUCUUCAAGCCCCGCCCCGUCGUCCAAAGACCAAUCGGAAGCCGCUCCACUCGCCCUCAAGGUCGGUGGGGCGCCCCGAGGACCGCCUCCUGAACAGACUUCGAACCUCCCUGUGUCUGUGCAUGUUAGCAAAACUGUUACCACGCCACCGAUGCCGCGAGUCUCCCCCGACCCUAGGCUCGGCCCGGCUUCGGGUCCGAGCCCGAUUCGAGUCGUUCGAGCGCUCGCAGGGAAACAGCCGUUGAUUUGCACAGAGAAACAAGGGAAAGUCGUGUCUUCAACGCCUGUAUCGCGUGCACCACGUGUGAGUUACCCAGGUCUUCAGCGCCCCUUUUCAGUUCCUGUCCAGCACAUGAGCCGACAAGCCGCUUCGGUGGCCACAGUCUCGCCGGCAGCUUCUCGACCAUCGGAAGGCGUCCCUUUUUCCAGCUCGAAAACCACCCUAGGCGGGCUCUGCGCAGCUGUCUGCUGCGGCGGCCCACCCUCGACGAUCUCGUCUCCCCACGGAAUGCAUGCUACCGAAUACCCGAUUCUUCCGACUGUUUCCGUCCCGGCAGCAAUACGGUCGUCUUCAGUUCCCCUUACCCCGGCCGUCGGCGCGAGCGGUCCUCGCGCAGCUUCACAAGGGUGGCCACGCGCCGCUACCAGGCCUCUUCAGACGUCGUUGCAUUCAACGGUCGGUGCUGAGGUCGGCGCAAUCGUAGGCUCCCAGCCUGUGGGUUUUGACGCGAAUGCCACGACGGUUUCGUCCUCUUCCGCGUCGCCGGUCCCGCGGGUCUAUUACCGGACUCGUUUCGGUGCCCGCGCGGGACAGCCUUCUGUCACAGUUCCUGUGCCUCCUCAUAGCCAGCCAGGCCCAUACGUGACCUACCGGCCGCUGUUUGCCUUCCCGCAGCAGUCGUCGUGGCUCAGUCCGCUCUCAGUGCCAGGUGUGGUUUUAGGCCCCCCUCGAUCCGCGAGUUCGGACACUUGCGCCCCUCCCUCCCCAGUUGCUCCCGUGCAAGCGGGAACGACUCCAGUGAAUCCCUCUGCACCAGUUGUUGAAUUUUGCCAGCCUGUUGAGAGCGAGAGGGGCUUUUCCCCGUUGCUGAGGCCGCGUGGUCGCGAUUUUCAGCGUGAGCGUUCUCAGCCGGACAGAAGACGAGAGUCUUUCUCCAACGAACGAGGAAAGCAACCGGAAAACAGCACCAUCAGCGGCACGGAGGGUUGGGUGAAAUUUGAGAGUCCGAGAGAGGAACCGUGGGAGCUGGAAGAUGCUGCCUCCGUGAGUGGACGCGUUCUAGAACUCCGACACCAGCGCCGGCAGCUGCAGAAGCAGCGCCAAGCGCUAUUACAACAGCAUUUUGAGCGGGAAGAGGUCGAGCGCGAAAGGAUGAAACGCAAGGAGGAAGAAGAUCGCGCUGUAGUGAAGAAAGAACAGAAGCUCCACCGCUGCCGUGAGGGGGACUGCCCGGAACAAGGGUCUGAACGAAGCCCGUCCGUUUCUGGCGUAAAAACGAACGCGCGUAGGACGGGGAAACCGGAGAAACAGCGCACCCGGACCGCAACGACAGGUGUGCAGACAGGCCAUCCGGCGGCGGCUUCUGCAAGCCAGGUUUCCUGCGUUUUUCGUUCCAGUCCCGCGGCAUCUCCCACACGUCAAGGCAGGGGUGACGUGGCGACACUUGAGAGCCCACCAGAGUUUUGCCACUGGCCUCAGCCACCAGGAACCGGGAAGGAAGCCUGUCUGCAGACGCGGCUUCAGGAGCGAUGGGGACUCGCUGCACCUGGCAACUCGUCCGACAUGUCCGCAGUGACGGCUGCUGCGGCUGCAGCUGCUGCAGAAGCCGCGCGGGCAGCGGCGCGACGAGCGGCUGACGGAGUGCAGGAGGCAGCUGCUGCAAUUCUCGAGCCCAUUCAACCGAUCCAGAAACGACUGGUGCAGCUCUUCGGCAGCCGUGCGCCGUCUCGACGUGAGAAUAUGAGGCGGUACGUGCUCCCGCAAUCCACGUCGCAUCUGACCUACUACUACCCUUCAGUGGGCGUGUCCACAGGCGCUGGCCCUCAAGGAAUGCCCCCUUAUGCAUGGGGAGUGCCUCGUGUGGUUACCGAAGCAACGCGGUAGAGGGUGAUGUGAAUUCUGCCGCACCACACCUCUCCAUAAGAUAGAAGAGUUCUGAGAAGCAUCCGAGAAGCGGAGGUGUCUCUGUGAGAUGCCUCGGCCAGUGCGGGACGUGGAGGUGCACGGAAAGGAAUGUGGUAACUACACUUUUCCUCGAAGGGAAUGACUUCCAGCGGGCACUUGUCACAUGCAAAGAAUAAACGCAGGGUGCUUUUUUUGACAUCUGUCGCUUGAUUGGCUGACUUGAAGCGAGGGGCAUCUCAGACAUGAUGGCGCUGCAGCCAUCGAUGCCAGCCUUUCUAUUGCGUUUCCAUCAGAAAAGCUCUCUCGCCUCAGCCACAGCCGGAACACUCUAACAGGCUCACCACUCUCCAACUAGUUAUGUGUUGGAAGACUACAUAACUGGCAGGUGAAGCGACCUUCCAGUGACCAUUUGUUUGUGGCCGGUUGCCAGUCGUGAGAUAAAUGCUUUUUGCGUAGACACCGCCAGCUCCAAGGCAAGAUAAAGGCUCAAAGGAUACGCGUUCCUCUUGAGUAGCCUUGCUCACAUUUACUGCAGGAGGCGACGGGUUGUCUCCUAUUCCAUAUAUAAGGAAAUAUGUGAAGUCGACCCGAAACUGUCUCAGCAACAGCUGUUGUCGUUCUCGUCCUCUGGACGCUGCGCCCUCAUCGAUCUAUUUUGGUUUCCACCUGUCAACCAGAAGAAACAAGUAUAAAAUCACUCUCCUGGAAGUCACGUGACGCUUCCCGGGAGGUUGGUGAUUCAUUCCUUCAGCUUCUACGAAAAGAAGAAGACCGCACUACAUGGGCUCUCACGUUGGGUCCCUGUCUACGAAUUGAGCGAAAGCGGCAUUGUUUAUUGAUCGUUGUCGUUUGAAACGUCUGUUUGAUGUUGCUUGUUUUGCCGCAACUACACAAACUAGCGUAUCAUAUAUCUGGCCUGGAAUUCAUUCGUCUGAGCGA